AUGGUUGCACCUACCGCACUAAAAAACUCUGAAACCUUGCAUGCAAAUGCAACAACUUCUAGUAGAAUAAUCGGUUUAAACAACACUGAGAAAAUAGAGGAAGACGACGACGAUGACGACGACGUCUUAAUAGACCAAGAAGAAACAGCAGCUCUCCCUUCAGGAGGACCUCCUACAAAAAUACAAGGACAAAAGAAAGAAUCUAAAGGUGUUGUGCUCGAUGAACAAGGGAAACCACGUUUCAGUUCAGCUAACCAAAAAGGUAGUACGAAAGUUAAGCUAGAAAGUAGAAAAAUCGCUGUACCACCUCAUAGAAUGACUCCUCUAAGAAACAGUUGGACUAAGAUAUAUCCUCCUUUAGUAGAUCAUUUGAAAUUACAAGUUAGAAUGAAUUUGAAAACUAAAUCUGUGGAAUUGAGAACUCAUCCAAAACAUACGACUGAUCCAGGUGCUUUACAAAAAGGUGCCGAUUUUAUUAAAGCCUUCACAUUGGGAUUUGAUUUGGAUGAUUCUAUUGCAUUGUUAAGAUUAGAUGAUUUAUAUAUUGAAACUUUUGAAAUUAAAGAUGUGAAAACAUUGACUGGGGACCAUUUGUCAAGAGCUAUUGGUCGUAUUGCCGGUAAAGAUGGUAAGACAAAGUUUGCCAUUGAAAAUGCAACCAGAACAAGAAUAGUCUUAGCAGACACUAAGAUCCAUAUCCUUGGGGGGUUUACACAUAUCAGAAUGGCCAGAGAAUCUGUUGUUAGUUUGAUUUUAGGUUCACCACCAGGUAAAGUGUAUGGUAAUCUACGUACUGUUGCUUCUAGAUUAAAAGAACGUUAUUAG